AUGGCUUCGAGCGAUGAAAAUAUGCGGCCUAAAGCAAUAUUUACAUAUCAAGAUCCAAGAAUAAUGAGAGCAAUCAAGCUUGUGUUUCCAUUGACUGUGCAUCGGCUAUGUGGAUGGCAUCUGGAGAAACAUAGGAUACAAUACAUGAGAGCAAUGUACAAGAAAUAUCCUGAUUUGAACGCAGUUUAUAGGAGUUGUAUUUAUGGUUCUAAUACACUAGUUGAAUUUGAGGAGCGUUGGAAGAGCAUGGCAGGUGGUGCUGGUGGAGCUGAUGGUGGAACUACUGGAGCUAGUGGAGAUGGUGGUGGACCUGCUGCAGUUGUUGGAGCUGGUGGAGCAGGUGGAGAAGGUGGAUCUGUUGGUGGAACUGGUGGGGCAGGUGGAACUGCUGGAGUUGUUGGAGCUGGUGGUGCUGCUGGAGUUGGUGGAGCUACUGGUGGACUUGCUGGAGCUACUAGAGCUGGUGGAGAAGGUGGAGCUGCUGGUGGAACUGGUGGGGCAGGUGGAGCUGCUAGACCAAGUGCUGCAGGUGGACCAGGUAGAGCUGCUGCUGCUGCAGGUGGAGCAGGUGUAGCAGGUGGAGCUGGUAGAGCUCUAUGA